GGCUGGCUGGCCCAGAGCGAGGCACCGAGAGACAGACCUGCGAACGGACUGACCGACCGGCCGAUCGCACGGAGGGCGGGAGGGCGGAGGAGGGGCGUGCCACCCGAAGUUGGCCCCGGGCAGAGCGAGCGAGCAAAGUUUGCGUCCAGAGCUCCCGGGCGGCCGGGAACAUGGCGGCAGAGCCCGGAGCCCCGGCGAGUGUGGCGGGCGGCCGGCGGCUACUGCAGGGGUGGCUGGAUCUGCGCUCAGAGGAUUAGGGGAGCCCAGAGGAAGAGACGCACGCCCCCUUCCCUCCACUCCCCCCCCCCCCCAGCACACCAUGGCUCGCUGGAUCCCCACCAAGAGACAGAAAUACGGAGUCGCAAUCUACAAUUACAAUGCAUCCCAAGACGUGGAACUGUCUUUGCAGAUUGGCGACACUGUCCACAUUCUGGAGAUGUAUGAAGGUUGGUUCAGAGGAUAUACGCUGAGAAAUAAGGCUAAAAAGGGGAUUUUCCCUGAAACCUACAUCCAUUUGAAGGAGGCCACUGUGGAGGAUCGAGGGCAACAUGAGACUGUGAUUCCCAGUGAGGUGCCACUGGUACAGGAGCUCACGUGUACCCUUCGAGAAUGGGCAGUCAUCUGGCACAAGCUCUACGUGAACAAUAAGGUCACCCUCUUCCGCCAGCUGCAGCAAAUGACCUACAGCCUGAUUGAGUGGCGGUCUCAGAUCCUGUCAGGAACCCUCCCCAAGGAUGAGCUGGCCGAGCUCAAGAAGAAGGUCACAGCCAAGAUUGAUCAUGGCAACAGAAUGCUUGGGCUUGACCUUGUGGUACGAGAUGACAAUGGAAACAUCUUGGACCCUGAUAUGACCAGCACGAUUGCCCUGUUCAGGGCCCAUGAAGUGGCCUCCCAGCGGAUUGAAGAAAGGAUCCAAGAAGAAAAGUCCAUCCUUCAGAAUCUGGACUUGCGGGGUCAGUCAAUCUUCAACACAAUGCACACAUACUGCCUCUAUGUCAACUUCAAGAACUUUGUCUGCAAUAUUGGGGAGGACGCUGAGCUGCUUAUGGCCCUCUACGACCCAGAUCAGUCCAGAUUCAUCAGCGAGAACUACCUGAUCCGGUGGGGCAGCAACGGAAUGCCGAAAGAGAUAGAGAAGCUGAAUAACCUUCAGGCUGUCUUUACUGAUCUCAGCAGCAGCGACCUCAUCCGGCCCAAGAUCAGCCUCGUGUGCCAGAUCAUCCGUGUGGGCCACAUGGAGCUGAAGGAGGGAAAGAAGCAUACCUGUGGCCUCCGGAGGCCUUUUGGGGUGGCAGUGAUGGACAUUACCGAUAUCAUACAUGGGAAGGUUGAUGACGAAGAAAAACAACAUUUCAUUCCAUUUCAGCAGAUUGCUAUGGAAACCUACAUCCGACAGAGGCAACUUAUCAUGUCACCCCUGAUAACCUCCAAUGUGAUUGGGGAGAAUGAACCCCUCACAUCGGUCCUAAAUAAAGUGAUUGCAGCCAAGGAAGUGAAUCAUAAAGGACAAGGUCUUUGGGUUUCUCUGAAGCUGCUCCCUGGUGACCUCACACAAGUGCAGAAAGAUUUCUCACACUUGAUUGACAGAUCCACAGCAGUAGCCCGAAAAAUGGGUUUCCCUGAAAUCAUCCUUCCAGGCGAUGUUAGGAAUGACAUCUAUGUCACCCUGAUCCACGGUGAGUUUGAUAAAGGGAAGAAGAAGACCCCAAAGAAUGUAGAGGUGACCAUGUCUGUAUAUGAUGAGGAUGGCACGUUGCUUGAGAAAGCUAUUCAUCCAGGUGCUGGCUAUGAAGGCAUUUCAGAAUACAAGUCCGUUGUCUAUUACCAGGUCAAGCAGCCCUGCUGGUAUGAAACAGUGAAGGUAUCCAUUGCAAUCGAAGAGGUCACCCGUUGUCAUCUAAGAUUUACUUUCCGGCACAGGUCAUCGCAGGAAUCCAGAGAUAAAUCUGAAAGAGCUUUUGGGGUGGCCUUUGUGAAGCUGAUGAACACAGAUGGAACCACAUUGCAGGAUGGGAGGCAUAACCUGGUGGUGUAUAAGGGGGAUAAUAAGAAAAUGGAAGAUGCUAAAUUCUACCUGACCCUGCCCAGCACAAAGAUAGAGAUGGAGGACAAGGACUUCUCCUCCCCAGGCAAGAACACGCACUUGUCCAACUUCACCGCAACCAAGGAUAGCACCAAGGACAGCUUCCAAAUAGCCACCCUUAUUUGCUCCACAAAGCUGACCCAGAACGUUGAUCUGUUGGGGUUGUUAAAUUGGCGUUCCAACUCCCAGAACAUAAAACACAACUUAAAGAAGCUAAUGGAGGUGGAUGGGGGAGAGAUUGUAAAGUUUCUACAAGAUACUCUUGAUGCACUUUUUAAUAUAAUGAUGGAAAUGUCCGACAAUGAAACCUAUGAUUUCCUUGUAUUUGAUGCACUGGUAUUUAUUAUCUCACUGAUAGGAGACAUAAAGUUCCAGCAUUUUAAUCCUGUACUUGAAACCUACAUUUACAAACACUUCAGUGCCACUUUGGCCUAUGUGAAACUCACCAAAGUACUGAACCAUUACGUGGGUAACGCUGAGGACUCCAGCAAAACGGAGUUGCUUUUUGCUGCCCUGAAAGCCUUGAAGUACCUCUUCAGAUUUAUUGUGCAGUCCCGUGUCCUGUAUCUGAGAUUUUAUGGUCAAAGUGAAGAUGGGGAUGAAUUUAACAAUGCCAUUCGCAAGCUAUUUCUCUCCUUCAACACCCUAAUGGACAGACCCCUGGAUGAAGCUGUCAAGAUCAAGGGGGCGGCUCUGAAGUACCUUCCCAACAUAAUUAAUGACGUCAAGAUGGUGUUUGAUCCUGUGGAACUCAGUGUCCUCUUCAGCAAAUUCAUCCAGAGCAUCCCUGAUAACCAGCUGGUCCGACAGAAGCUCAACUGCAUGACCAAGAUAGUGGAGAGUAACCUUUUUCACCAGACAGAGUGCAGAGAUGCUCUGCUACCCCUGCUCAUUGACCAGCUCAGCGGCCAGCUCGAUGACAACUCCGACAAGCCCGACCAUGAGGCAAGCUCACAGCUCCUUAGCAACAUCUUAGAAGUGCUGGACAGGAAGGAUGUGGGCCCUACCUCCGUGCACAUCCAGCUGAUCAUGGAACGUCUGCUAAGGAGGAUCAAUCGGACUGUGAUUGGGAUGAGCCGGCAAUCUCCCCACAUAGGCAGCUUUGUCGCUUGCAUGACCGCCACCCUCCGGCAGAUGGAUGACUUCCAUUAUAACCACUACAUCAGCACUUUCAAGACGAGGCAGGACAUUAUUGACUUCCUGAUGGAAACCUUCAUCAUGUUUAAGGAUCUCAUUGGGAAGAACGUGUAUCCCCCGGACUGGAUGGUCAUGAAUAUGAUGCAGAACAGGGUUUUUCUCCGGUCUAUAAACCUAUUUGCAGAAGUUCUCACAAAGUUCUUCAUGGACCAGGCAAGCUUUGAACUCCAGCUCUGGAACAAUUAUUUCCACUUGGCCGUGGCAUUCCUCACCCACGAAUCUCUGCAACUAGAAACGUUCUCUCAAGCCAAACGCAGCAAAAUGUUCAAGAAAUAUGGGGAUAUGAGGAAGGAAAUCGGCUUUAGAAUCCGGGAUAUGUGGUAUAACUUGGGGCCUCACAAGAUCAAGUUCAUUCCCUCCAUGGUGGGCCCCAUCUUGGAGGUGACCUUGACCCCGGAGACAGAGCUCCGGAAGGCCACAAUCCCCAUCUUCUUCGACAUGAUGCAGUGUGAGUUCAAUUUCAGUGGAAAUCACAACUUCCAGAUGUUUGAGAACGAGCUGAUCACAAAGUUGGACCAAGAGGUGGAAGGAGGCCGAGGGGAUGAACAGUAUAAAGUCCUGCUGGAGAAGCUGCUCCUAGAACACUGCCGGAAACACAAAUACCUCGCCAGCUCUGGAGAAGUCUUUGCCCUCCUGGUCAGCAGCCUCUUGGAGAACCUGCUGGAUUACAGGACCAUCAUGCAUGACGAAAGCAAAGAGAACCGCAUGAGCUGUACAGUCAAUGUGCUGAACUUUUAUAAGGAAAAGAAGAGAGAGGACAUUUACAUAAGGUACUUGUACAAGCUUCGGGACCUGCAUCGGGACUGUGAGAAUUACACGGAGGCCGCACACACCCUUCUGCUGCACGCGGAGCUUCUCCAGUGGUCAGACAAGCCCUGUGUGCCCCACUUGCUCCAGAGAGAUAGCUACCAUGUCUAUUCCCAGCAAGAGCUCAAAGAGAAGCUAUACCAAGAAAUCAUCUCGUACUUCGACAAGGGCAAGAUGUGGGAGAAAGCCAUCAAACUCAGCAAGGAGCUGGCUGAGACCUACGAGAGCAAAGUGUUUGACUACGAGGGGCUUGGCAACCUCCUGAAAAAACGGGCCUCGUUUUAUGAGAACAUCAUUAAAGCAAUGAGGCCCCAGCCAGAGUACUUUGCCGUCGGUUACUAUGGACAAGGCUUCCCGUCAUUUCUGCGGAACAAAGUCUUCAUCUAUCGAGGAAAGGAAUAUGAGCGGAGGGAAGACUUCAACCUGAAGCUGCUGACUCAGUUUCCCAAUGCGGAGAAGAUGACCAGCACAACUCCUCCAGGAGAGGACAUCAAAUCAUCUCCCAAACAGUAUAUGCAGUGCUUCACGGUGAAGCCUGUGAUGAACCUACCUCCGAAUUACAAGGACAAGCCCGUGCCAGAGCAGAUCUUGAAUUACUAUAGGGCCAACGAGGUCCAGCAGUUCCAACAUUCUCGGCCCUUUCGGAAAGGAGAAAAGGAUCCCGACAAUGAGUUUGCUACCAUGUGGAUCGAGAGGACCACCUACACAACCGCCUACACCUUUCCUGGGAUUCUCAAGUGGUUCGAAGUCAAGCAGGUUACCGUGGAAGAAAUCAGCCCCUUGGAGAAUGCCAUUGAGACAAUGGAGCUCACCAAUGAGAAGAUCAGCAAUAGCGUCCAACAACAUGCAUGGGACCGCUCACUCUCCCUACACCCACUCUCCAUGCUACUCAAUGGCAUUGUAGACCCUGCUGUCAUGGGUGGAUAUUCCAACUAUGAAAAGGCCUUUUUCACAGAGAAGUACCAGCAGGAGCACCCUGAGGACCAAGAGAAGAUUGAGCUGCUCAAACGCCUAAUCGCCCUUCAGAUGCCCCUACUUGGAGAAGGGAUCCGAAUUCAUGGGGAGAAGCUAACAGAGCAGCUGAAGCCCCUGCAUGACCGGCUGACCACCUGUUUCCGGGAGCUCAGGGAGAAGGUGGAGAAACUCUAUGGAGUCAUCACUCUGCCUCCCACUUUGACGGAGAGGAAGCAGAGCAGGACGGGGUCUGUGGUGCUGCCCUACAUCAUGUCUUCCACCCUAAGGAGAUUGUCCGUCACAUCCGUGGCUUCCUCAGUGGUUUCUACAUCUUCCACCUCCUCAGAUAGUGCUCCCUCCAGGCCAGGAUCAGAUGGGUCUAUUCUGGAGCCCCUCCUAGAGCGGAGAGCUUCGUCGGGUGCCAAAGUUGAGGACCUGCCACUCAGAGAAGACGGCGAUAAUCGUAUCGGCAAGUUCAAGCGGAAAGACUGGAACAUUAGCAAGUCUCAGGUCAUCGCGGAGCGAGAGCCGGAAGAUGACCUGCUGACCUCUGCCAGCAAAGUACAAAGACCCAAGAGCCUCCAGUUGGUGGACAGCCGGCUGGCAUUGUUCCACGGCUCGCCCCUGCCCUCAUCAAUGCCCCUGAGCCCACCGCCACUGACCCCCAAAACACCCAGGACCCAGAGCUCUCCAACAUUACAGGUAGAUGGACUGAUGUCUUCUAGUGCUACUACAACCCCGCCCCCACCACCUCCCAAGAGCAAGCCCUACGAGACCAGCAGCCAAAGGAAGUCAGCAGAGGUCGCACCCCCGCUUCCCAUCCGGCGAGAAGCAAAGGGCCCGCCACCUCCACCUCCCAAGACCCGCAAGUCAGGAGUCCUCUCAUUGGAGCCAGCAUCACAAUGAAGACCCUGCUGCUCCUUGGGGCCCGUCUAGUAUUUUGAGAGCUGCCAACAAGGACAGCCUGUCUCAAGACCAGCCUCCAACAGGCAAUGGCGCCAUUGGCCUUGUUUUCCCUCCCCUUGCAUCUGGGAUGACCUUGAACUUGGAUUGAUUCUUCUGAAAGUUUUCCUCAUGGGCCUUGUUGAAAGGCCAUUUCAUGCCUUCCUUACACACUUGGAGAAUUCCAAAAUCGAUUCUAGCCUGGAUGUGAUCCUUAAGCACGGCCAAAGAGUUUCUGGCCAUCUGGUUACUCAGAGUGACCCUGGAUUCUUUUCUCUGGCUACAAGAGGCAUUUCUUGCUUUGCUUCUGAAAAGCAAUGGUGGAGUUUGAGUUCCCUCUCUUGCAUAUACCCCAUCCCUAAACGAGAGCCCUACAUGCAGCCCAUUUUUGUUACCAAACAACAAUGAUUCAUCAGUAAGGAUGACGUGCCCUUUGAGCAAAAGGAAUAUGUCCAAGGUAAAGCUGGAUCCAUCUCCUUUAGGUGAUGAUGUAAAAGGCAAACCUGUGCAGGUAGGAUUGCACUGGAGGCCUACCGAGGUGCCUCUACAAUCCCAUCAUUCCAUGAGUUUGGGGCAUCUUACAAGGAGCCAUGGUGAUAGUGGCUGUGAAUUGGAAUGAAAAGAUGGGUGCGCUUGCCCCACUCCAAUAACCAGAAGAACUCAAAGACUUUUAAAUAGUAGAGGUAAGAUUAAAUUCUGAUUUUUCCAAGAGCUAAAAGCAAAGGAUUUCUCCCAAGCCCACUGUUUUCAGGAUGAUCUGGUCAUGCUGUGGGUCUUAUCUGCUCUCCUCAGAGUCCAUGUCCCUUGUCUGACCGGUGACCUUCAGUUUGGGGGACUCUGUCAAGUCAACAAACAUCUAUUAAGUGCUUCCUGAGCACCAGACAUGGUGCCGACUACUGGGAAUGUUGUUGUUUGUCCUACGUUCUCAGAGAAGGCCGUGAUAUCAGAGUGAUGUCAUGACCUGCACUGAAUUGGAUUGAAGUGAGGGAGAACUGUGCAAGGUCACCAGCCUCACUCCUCCAGAGCCAUCUGGAUCCAGUGGCAAGAUAUACAUCAGGACAACUGGAGGUGGCCCUGGAUUUUUGAGGCACUUGGGGUUAAGUGACUUGCCCAGGGUCACACAACACCGGGAAUGCAAAUACAAUUAGAGAGACUGUCCCUGAAUGCAAGGCUCUUAGGUUCUAAUGGGGGAAGAAAAUCUUAAAAGUGGAGAGGGAGGGACAAGAGGACUUGGCCAACAUGGAGGAGAAAAUCUAGAGUCAGAAACGGAGCCUGGAGAGUCAGGUUCUCUCCCUGUAGCCCCCAUUUUAUUGUAAUGAUCUCCUCUUUUCUCACCUGUGACACAGCCAGUCUCACACAACUGUCCUUCGGGGUCAUGGGAAGUCCUUGGAGGUGCUGAGAAGUUCCAUGAUUUGGCCCUGGUCAGUAUGGGUCAGAAGCAGGGCUUGAACCCCAAUCCUCUGGCUCUGAGGUCAGCUCUCUUUCCAAUCAGAGACAUUUCCUUUCUCUCUCCACAUUGGCUCUGAUACUUUCUUAGCUGUGUAGCCCUGGGCAAGUCACUGAUCCCUGAGCAAAGGAAACGUUUUGACCCCAGAAAGCUGGCCAGUUGUUGGGACAAAGGGUGCUUCCUUUGAAUCAAGCAAGCAAGACCAUUUCCAAUAAGGGUGAGGAAGGGAUCAGAAGAGGCUUCAUGAAGGAAGUGCACUUGAGUUGGACUUGGAAAGGAGAGAUUUCAACAGGUAGAGACUAAGUGUGCGUGCUAUUGGGAUGGGGAGGUGUCCCACCCACUCCUGGGUUUAGCAGAAAAACAAAAAGGGCAUGAUUUUGAUCACCUCUGCAAGGGACUCUACCUUGUCACUCCCAUCCCAUGUAACUGGGUCUUUCUUAGACAAAAAGGUUUUUAACCUGAAUCCCGUGAACUUAGAUGGGGGGAAAAUUACAUCUUCAUUUUUACUAACUUCUAAAAUUUAGCAUUUCCUUCAGUGAUGAAUAUGGACAGGUGCUCAUAGGCUUCACCACCCUGCCACAGUGGUCAGGACAUCAAAAAGGGGAAGAACCCUUGCUUUAAAGGCCCAACAAAGGGCCUUGGGCACAGAGACAGUGGAAGAGAAUUGAUGAUUUGGGUCUUCCCACCUGACUUCCUUUAGGAUCAUCCUGCAUCUUCUCUUCCCUACCCCCAGAGGGAAAUGAGCCUGGAUGACCUCUUUGAUUUUAGAGGUGAGGAAACUAGAAAAGCAAGAAAUUGACACAGUCUCAAGCCCCCACCCCAGGAAAUUAGUCUUCAGCAGGGGGUCUGUUGUUAGUCCUUCAUUCUCAAAGAGGACCAUGACAUCAGGAUGAUGUCAUCCCUUGCACUGAAUUGGAUUUAAGUGAGGGAGGGCUGUGCAAAGUCACCAGCCUCACUUGCUCCUCCAGA